AUGAAAUUUACUUUAAUUUUAAUUGCCUUAUUGAUUUCCACAGCUUUGGCUUUGCCAAUUCAAACCUCCGAGGAAGAUAUUAAAUUCAAACGUGAUGUAUCUGAAUCGACGGAAUUCACAGAGAAAUACCUUGAAAAAUUCGCCGAUGAUAUUGGAAGUAAUCCUGGCCCUGGAAGAAAAAUGAGAAAGCGCGACCAACCAACCCAAGCUCAAAUUGAUAAAUAUAAUGAAUUCGCCGAUGUGGGAAAGCGUGAUGUCGGUGAAAGUUAUAACCAAAUAACACAAGCUCAACCUGAUGAGUACAAUGGCCCAGGAAAACGUGAUGCCGGUGAAAGUUAUAACCAAAUAACACAAGCUCAACCUGAUGAAUACAAUGGCCCAGGAAAGCGUGAUAUUGGAGACAGGAAAGCGUGA